AUGUUAAAGAAUAACAAUGAAUCCAUGAAAUAUCUUAGGAUAUGGAUGAACCUGGAGCACAUGAUAUUGAGUAAACCGCCGCAACUUCGCGGGGAGCCCCCACCCGGGCGGCUCAAGUCCGCGCCCCUCUUCAUGCUGGAUCUGUACAACUCCCUGCCGGCCGACGGCGACGAAGGGGCGUCGCUGGAGCAGCGGCAACGACCCCGGCCUCCGGGAGCGGGCAGUUCGUCUCAGGCCCCGCAACCGCCCCCCAGUGCCACGCACCCCUUCAGCCGCAAGAAUCUGCUGACUCCGGGACCUGGCGGCGGCGGCGGCGCGUACUCUCUGACCAGCGCGCAGGACAGUGCCUUCCUCAAUGAUGCGGACAUGGUCAUGAGCUUUGUGAACCUAGUGGAGUACGACAAGGAGUUCUCCCCUCGCCAGCGACACCACAAAGAGUUCAAGUUCAACCUAUCCCAGAUUCCUGACGGUGAAGCAGUGACGGCUGCAGAAUUCCGAAUCUACAAAGACUGUGUUGUGGGGAGUUUUAAAAACCAAACUUUUCUUAUCAGCAUUUACCAAGUCUUACAGGAGCAUCUGCACAGAGACUCUGACCUGUUUUUGUUGGACACCCGUGUCGUGUGGGCCUCCGAGGAAGGCUGGUUGGAAUUUGACAUCACAGCCACAAGCAAUCUGUGGGUCGUGACCCCACAGCAUAACAUGGGGCUUCAGCUGAGUGUGGUGACGAGGGGGGGUCUCAGCGUCAGCCCGCGAGCAGCUGGCCUGGUAGGCAGAGACGGUCCGUAUGACAAGCAGCCCUUCAUGGUGGCCUUCUUCAAAGUGAGUGAGCUCCACGUCCGCACCGCACGGUCAGCUUCUAGUCGGCGUCGACAGCAGAUCCGUAACCGCUCCACUCAGUCCCAAGACCUGUCCCGGGUCUCCAGUGCCUCAGGAGAUCGCAUUCAGGCUAUUCGUCGAAGCACGGAGGAACGAAAGUAG